GCAGGUCUGCAAAGACCGACGCCGUCCGGUAUGCAACCACCCAGACAGGCAGGUUUGCAAAAACCGACGCCGUCCGGUAUGCAACCACCCAGACCGGCAGGGUUGCAAAGACCAACACCAUCUGGUAUGCAACCGCCGAGACCAACUGGAGUGUCGCGAAUGGUAACCCCACAGAACCUACCUAGACCCACUGGACUGCGCGCCCCUGGUACAACAGGCAGACAGAUGAAACCCGCUCUGGAGGCACCCACAUCCCCAGUUAGGGAGCCUUCGCCGCGGGAGCCCCAAAUUCCGCCACAAACUCCUGCUAUGGUGCUUCCUGAAACCUUCGCGCCUCGUGCUCCUCAAAGGCCAACAGACAGACCUAGGGGCCCUGAAGCCUACAAAAAGUUCAUUUUCGAUUCGAAAUAUCAGCUUAAAAAGCCAAAGGCCACCGGACUUACCCCUUCGCCAGGGAAGCAGAAGAAGCGCGGAGAGUCACCUGAAGAUAGGGCCAACAGGUCGCUGGCCGAGAAGUCGAUGGCGCGCAUGGGGGAGAAGGUGACGGCCAGGGCCGCCAGCAUGUCCCCGUGCGCCCCUAAGUACAUAGAUACCCCCGAGGGGACGGAAAUGGUCCUCAAGGAGACCGUCUUCAAGACGAGGGUCGAGAGGGACGAGGAGGGAGAGAAGAUCGUGAAGAACUUGCAGAUAAUGGACGCGCAGACGGGCGGGAUGCCGAAGAUGAUCGAAAUGAAUCUGCAGCAACUGGAUCCGAGAUAUGCUCUUAAAGAGGGAAAGGAAGUCAUUUCAAUCGCCAGCAAACUGUCCAUGUCCGAGAGCUACACAACUGUCACCCACGAUGUGUCGAGAGCAGUAACAGAGACUGUUCCCGAGGCGGCGGGUAUGCCAACGGAGGAAAUAGCCAAACUGGUAGAGGAAGAGAACGAAGACGUGGACAACACAUUGAAGAUGCUGCCGCCUGACCUGGCUUUGUCCCCCGGCAGGUACGAGAUGAAGAGGCGACUGCAGCAUCUACAGCUGAAUUCAGAAUCGGUGGCCCUCUUGGAACAGUCGAUCAUCCACCCUCAGCCUAGAGCAGACGAGGCCCAGACUGAGCCCACUCCAGAGGUGAUGGCGGCCAUGAUGCACACUGUAGAGAAAGGUGUUCCGCCGCUGUCGACCCCGGACCAGGUCUUCAACACUCUCUUUAUGGAAACAAGCAACGAACGAUACAUAAAGUUAAGUCCCGUAACCGAAGGGCCAUUGCAAGACGUCGUAGUUCCCACAGAGGUUCCCCUCGACGUACACAAAGAGGUUAUCACGGACGAUAUGGAGAAGCUGACGGAAAAACUGCAGAACAUCCCCACAGCCGCCGAGCUUCCCGAGUUGGAUAUAUUCGAACAAGUAAUGGCUCAGGGUAACCAGAUAACUGCGAAAGGCGGGAAGAACAUCGCCUUCCAACCCAUCACCGACGAGAAGUCCUUGUGGGUUAAUGCAAAUUUGGAGCAUCUAGUGUACGUAGUGGGUGCUGUCCCAGUAGAAGUUCUGGAUCCGGCCAAUGUGGACGCGUUGGAAGCCACUGGACAACUGGAGGCACAGAUGGAGACUGGUGUCGAGUACUACGUCGACGCGGAUCCCGUCCAGUACAUGUCCAGGGUCCAGCUGAGGGGCACCCAAUUGCCGAGCUAUUUCCCAGGAUACUUGGUAGCUUUGCCAGAGUUUCCCGACGUUGUCAAGCUCGCCAGUUGUCCGGACGAAGUGUUCGCUUCUGCUUGGAAGUCCGCACAACCAAAAUAUUUCCCAGACGAAUCUAUGCAAUCGAUGAUUUUUUAAUACUUACCAACUUAACUAACUUACUAGUCGUCUUGUAAUGAAUAAUAAAAUUUGUUUG